CAAUUAAAUACACCCAGAUCCAUAAACCGACUCACUCUAAGGUCUAGAUUGUGUAUAGGAACAAGCUUCUGGUGGUCUCUCCCGCAUGUGAUUGUAACUCUUCUUCUCCCUCACCUAUCUCUUGGUUCGGUAUUUGACAGUGUAUAAAUACUCAUUUACAGAGCAUUGUUCAUCUUUCUUUCACCGCCUCUUUCUCUUUUGCCUUCUCCACACUUCAACGAUACUCAGGAAGCUUUUAACAGAAUCGAAAAAUGGAGAAAGUGGCGUCCGCCGUAACGGAUCUGGCGUGCGUGACGGCGCUAAACUCGCCGCCGCCUCCGCUAUCACCUCAAUCUGACAAAAGCGUCACCAAACAGCACCAGGAAGAUUUCGCCGCGAGCUUCGCCUCGCUCUACAACUCGAUCUUCUCGCCGGAAUCUCAGUUUCCCGACUCGCUCUCCCUCUCUCCGUCUCCUCCGUACUCCUCCUCCUCUCCUCCCUUUCGCGUCGACAUCGCCACCGAGCACCGCCUCCGCCAAGCGAGUCUCAUCCUCGAGUACGACGAGCUCAACGAGAACUACGAGGUUUGCCUCUCCCGCCUCCAGUCCCUGAUGACGGAGCUCGACUCGCUCCGCCGCGAGAACGACGCGCUUCGCCAGGAGAACGUCGAUCUCCUCAAGCUCAUCCACAUCUCCACUUCGUCGUCUUCCUCCUCCGUCUCUCCGCCGCACGUCCGUAACCGCCAACAGAUCUCCGAUUUCCGUAGCCAAGCGAGGAGGAGAAGCGAUCCGGAGAGAAACUCGUUGCCUAAGAGCAUCUCCGUCCGCUCGCCGGGAUAUCUCAAGAUGAUGAGCCAUGGAUAUGGCGGUGCGAGUCGUCAAACGAGUCAACUCGGUUCCGACUCGAAGGUGUGUGUGCCGACGAAAGGAGAGAGAGAUGCGUUGGAGCUUGAGGUGUACCGUCAAGGGAUGACGAAGACGGAGCUCUGCAACAAGUGGCAACAGACCGGAGCUUGUCCUUACGGAGAUAACUGCCAAUUCGCUCACGGAAUCGACGAGCUCCGUCCGGUGAUAAGGCACCCGCGCUACAAAACGGAAGUCUGCCGUAUGAUCGUCACCGGAUCCACGUGCCCUUACGGCCACCGUUGCCACUUCCGUCACUCACUCACCGAUCAAGAGAGGAUGCUUCUCACUCACUGAUCUGGGAAGAGCAAAGGUUAUACAUAAUAAAAAGGGGUAAUAAUAAUUUGUACAGAUUUGAUACCUAUAUAAAUAUCGUAAUUUUUUUUCUGGGUAAUUGAAUGGUAGAAAGGGAACGAUGUUAAAUAAAUGUUGAUACGGUUAAAGGAAUAUAAUUACGGAUGGAGAUGAUUAAAGUUUUUAACUUUGUGUC